CUUUCGCUCACUCUUUCAAACACAGAACAAACAAAAACGACAAUGGCGUCCACAGCCAAAACCAAAACCUCCAAACCGUUUCUUCCAUGGAAGACUCGCAUUUCAAUCUCCUUCCUCUCCGCCCUAACGGACGCCACGCGCCGCUCUAACGGCACCAUCAAUCGCCGUCUCCUCAACCUCCUCGAUCGCAAAUCCCAAGCUAACGACACCCCCGUCAACGGCGUUUCCACCAAGGACGUCACCGUCGACGCCGAUCGCAACAUCUGGUUUCGUGUCUUCACUCCCACCGCCGCCGUCGCCGGCAGCGAUGCCGCCUCCGUCCCCGUCAUCGUCUUCUUCCACGGUGGCGGCUUCGCGUUCCUCUCCCCAGCUUCCUUCGCCUACGACGCCGUUUGCCGGAGAUUCUGCCGUCAAAUUCCCGCCGUCGUCGUCUCCGUCAACUACCGCCUCUGCCCGGAGCACCGUUACCCUUCGCAAUACGACGACGGCGAAACCGUCCUCAGGUUCCUUGACGAGAAUCGCGCCUCUCUGCCGGCGAUAGCUGACUUGACGAGGUGCUUCGUGGCCGGAGACAGCGCCGGCGCAAACAUAUGCCACCACGUAGCAAUCCGGGUCUGCAAGUCCGAGCUCCGAGCUAUUCGGGUCGUCGGGUUGAUUAUGAUCCAACCGUACUUCGGCGGGGAGGAGCGGACUGAGUCGGAGAUUCGCCUGGAGGGGUCGCCGCUGGUGUCGAUGGCGAGGACGGAUUGGCUAUGGAAGGUGUUAUUGCCGGACGGGUCGGAUCGUGAUCACGGAGCCGCGAAUGUUAGCGGGCCGAAUGCUGAGAAUAUAUCGGGUCUGGAUUACCCGGAUACCCUUGUAUUCGUGGGUGGGUUUGACCCGUUACAGGAUUGGCAAAAGAGAUAUUAUGAGUGGUUAAGGAAAUCAGGAAAAGAGGCUCAGCUUAUUGAGUAUCCAAACAUGAUUCAUGCGUUUUAUGUGUUUCCUGAUUUGCCUGAGGCUUCUCAGUUGAUUUCACAAGUCAAGGAUUUCGUCACCAAGAAAAUCUCCAAUUCGAAAUGAUUAUUAUUAUUAUUAUUUUUAAAUUUUUAGUUGCGUAGUACUUGCUGAGUAGUGAUAAUUCUACUAGACCCCAUGCAUGUUAGGGGUCCCGAAAUUGGAAAUUUAAGAACUAUAUGAUCCGUUUAUGUUUUUGGGGUGUGUGUAUAGUUUGUGGUAGUGAUUAUGAUUGUUGUAUUUCAUUAUUCAUAUCAUAGUAAGGUGGUUUACAAGAGUGAUCUUGUGUAUGAUAAACUUAUAAGUUAAGGGUUUUAUUUAAAAUAAUAAUA